AUGACCGAGUCGAAAGAGACUGCGAUGCAGUACAGGCAAGUGCUGCACAAAAAACACGAAGAAAUAGAAGAAGUAAAAUUUGUAGAGCAUUUUGCGUGUCCAAAAAGCAAGAAGUCUGGGAUGCCCUAAUUCAUUACGGAAAAGAGGCGAAAAAGAUUGAAAAAGUGUACGAUAUGACGACAGUUCUGCAAAGAGUUCAGCAAGAGUGUCUCGUGGUCAGUUUCUCAAAAAUGUUUUUAAAAAAAUUGAUCGAGAAUGUCAUUUUAGUACGCGAUGACGCACGGAAUCGGUGUUCCGGAGGUUCACGACGCCGCCGAGUUGAUUUUUCCAUUGGCAAUGCAAAAAGUGCUCAUCAAAGUGCUCAAACCGUACUUUCUCUCGCAUUGGGCCAUUUACAGACGUCAGUUUCUUUCAAUUUUUGACUAAAAUCUUGAAAGUUUCAGUUGCCAACUAUGAUCGUACGCGCAAAUUGGAUCACGGAUUGGACUUGAACGAAGAUAUGCUUUCGCCGGCGAAACAAAUGGAAUACACGCAGUAUUUGGCCGAUUUCAAUAUUUUUGUUCAAGAAUUGUAUGAAAUUGUCGUUGAUUUCGAGAUUAAAAACUGAUGUUCUGCAGAAAAACUGGGAUUUUGAAUGCGCACCGUCACAUGGCGACUGCUGUUUCCCUCUACAUCCGUGAAUUGGCGGCGAUGUUGGUGAAUCACGAAAGAUCGUCGUUCGAAGGCGAACUAAGAUGCUCCUAUCUUCAGGAGGUACUCUUUGUCAUAUGAACUGGUUUUUCACUAAUUUUCAAUUUCAGAUAAUGGAAAGCCUUCGUCAGUGGACGGAUCAAGUGACGAUGCAAGACGCGUUUCAUCUGAUUAGCAGGACCGUUUACAAAGACAUUUUCCAGUUACUCUCCCGAAGAGUCAGGCGAAAUCCCAGAAAAACUAAGAAAAAGCGUUAUUCUUUAGGCCUACGAAAUGAUUGCCAUCGAUUUCCCCGACAAGUUUCGCGAAAUCAUCACUUUGAAGUAUUGCCUUCUAAAAACUCAGAAUUUCGGAAGAGAGGAUCUCACCAGACAGUUGAUCGCUCAAAUUGAAAGAAAUCUUCUCGUCGCCAGUCAGUUCUUGCCAACCUUGAGAGGAAAAUCGAAUAUUUCAGACAUUGACACCAAAACGAUUCUGAAAUCGUACGCGUCGUGCGUGGAAGCGCUUCGGGAAAUGGACAGCAGUUGUGUAGUGAUGCACAAAGUUUGCGGGGUUAUUCGGGAGUAUUUGAAGUGAGGAAUACUGCUGAAAUCUCAGAAAAAGUACAAAUUGAUGCUUGCAGAAAACGUCCUGACACGGUCCAACAAAUCAUCAGUUAUAUUACAUCAAGUAAAAAAGAUGAGCUCGAAAAAGACAUGGUUAAUCAUUCCGUUGAAACCUGAAAACCAAUAAAUUUGCAGUCGAAAACAGUGCGUUCGGCCAUGAUGGACGAAGAAGAGUUGCGAGGAGUCAACGACGAUUAUCUGCCGGAGAACAUGGAGACGAUGGGCUGGGAACGGUGGAUGCCGAACCCGAUCGACGCGAUGGUCGGCGACGGAAUGCCCGGCCGGCAGGGCGUCGACGUCUUCAACAUGCUCGUUUCCGUCUACGGAUCCAAAGAGCUCUUCGUCAAAGAAUACAGAAACCUGCUGGCGGCACGGCUUUCCGGCUCGGAUCACAAGGAUGUAUGACUAUUAUCCAUUUGCCAUUGAGAAGAAUCUCUGUCGUUUUUCAGCCGUUCUUCGAGAAACGCUACCUGGACCUUCUGAAAAUGCGCUUCCAAUACAGCGAGCUGCAGCACUGCGAAGUGAUGCUCCGCGACGUGAUGCACAGUCAGGAGGUUGACGAGAUAGUCGAGGCGCGGAAGCCGGCGCAUCUGCUUCCGGUCUCCGCGUGCAUCAUUUCCAAUCAUUAUUGGCCGAGGCUCGAGACUGAGAAGACUGAUACGGUAGAAAUUUAACAUUAAACUGAACAAAAACCAAAGCUAGACAAGGAUUUCUAGGAAUUCUGAGAGUUUGGACUUGUGGACUACGUACGGUCCUCCCAUCGGACCUUGACUUUUUAAUAUUAUCAGUCUUGGUUCGGAGGGUCUUCCUUGAAAAUUCCUUUCAAAUUUGAUUAUCUCGUCUGGAGAUAUAGUGAUUUACGGCCGAAAAGUCUAGGCUUUUUGCAAAAACCAGGUUUUUAGGGCUGACAAAAAGGCAUUAUUCAGAUCCUGCCGGUCGAACUGCAAUCAGCGAUGGUGAACUAUAGAAAGACGUUCGGGGACGUGAGAAAAGAGCGAAAGAUCAAUUGGCUCAAAAGCGUCGGCUGCAUGGAACUGUCGAUCGAACUGGACGGUGUGCGAAUCACGCGAACCAUUCCGAACAUUCACGCGGUCGUCCUGUUUCUCUUUCUGGAAAAGGAGGAGUGGACGACGGCCGAAGUAUCCGAACGCCUCGAAUUGACGACGUUGCCGACGAAGCGGAGGCUCGAGUGGCUCGUCAAACAGGGAUUCAUCAGUGUUGUCAGUGCAUCGUUCAGAUUUUCUUCUCCUAAUUUUAUCCAUUUUUCCAGAACCCCAUAAUCGCCAGUGACGUGUGGACUUUGACGCGAAAUCCGAGCGGAAUCCUUCCGAACGCUCAGGCGACGCCGGAAUUCGAAGAAGAAGAAGAACCGGAAGAGCCCGAGGACAAUUCCGAUAUGGUCGAAGCUUUGGAGCAGUACUGGAGCUACACCCGAAACUAUAUUGUAUGCCCUUAUUUCACGAAAAUUCUCAUAAGUGAUUUUCAGUCAAACCACGCGCCGAACGGAGAAGUGAAAGCAGAGCGGAUGCACCGAGUCUACCGGAUGUUCGGCUCUCCGACCUCCGCCGGACCCACCCUCGACCACGUCGCAACGUUUUUGCAACGGAAAGUGGCACUCGGACUGCUCACCUGCGUCAACGGAGCCUACCGCGUUGUUGCCUAA